CUUGUCCUGUCCUGGCAGCAUCUCUCCCCCACUUCCCCACCACCACCGCCGCAAACAGCGCCAAGAAACUACAUCCAUAACCCCGCCGCCGCCCCACCACCACUUUCCGUUCUUCCGGCUGAAAACAACUACCCAAUCUGUAUUGCUGUGUGAAUGCAGAGAAUGCCCUUUCCCUACUCCUUGCUUUAUUCCAUUCUGCCCCACCACAACAAUCAAACAACACAUCAAUCCAACUUGAAAGUAAAUUCCUUUUCUCUCUCCCCCCUGACUUCCCACAAAUUCCAUCCGAUAAUCUCCCUUCUGCAAUGGUGAUUCCAACGGUAGCAGCAACUGACCCAGCAGCAGUGGGUCACUGGGAUUCGGCGGUCAAGAAGCUUAAACGGUUCAACCCAACUGAGCCAUCUGUUGUAAUCCUCGGCUUUUCCUUGUUCGCUCUCUUGCUCUUCGUUUUCUGCUUCUCCUCCCGCUCCGGUCAGGCUUAUCCUUCCUGGUCAGGCUUGGGAGCGCUUCUAGGUCCGUCUUCCGCUUCUGGGUCAGUUCACCGGGUCGAGUUUCUCGACGAUGAUGGGACACAUGGCUGCGAUGUGUUUGACGGCAACUGGGUUUGGGACGAAAGCUACCCGCUGUACAAAAGCAAAAAUUGCGCCUUCAUUGAUAGUGGGUUUCGUUGCUUGGAGAAUGGUAGGCCGGAUAGCUUCUACACCAAGUGGCGGUGGCAGCCCUAUCGCUGCAAUUUGCCCAGAUUCGAUGCGAGGGUAAUGCUGGAGAAGUUGAGGAACAAGCGGCUUGUGUUUGUGGGCGAUUCGGUAGGAAGGAACCAGUGGGAGUCGCUGCUCUGUAUGCUAGCAUCUGUUGUUCCCCAGAAAUUGGAAGAAGAUUCGGGUUCUGAGUCGAUUUAUGAGGUGAAUGGGAACCCGAUUACGAAACACAGAGGGUUUCUGGCGUUUAAGUUUAAGGACUACAAUUGUACUGUCGAGUAUUACAGGGCACCGUUUCUUGUUUACCAAGGGAGGCCUCCUUCAGGAGCCCCGGCAGAGGUGCGAAUGAGUUUGAGAUUGGAUGUGUUGGAUUGGACUUCGCGGGGGUGGCUGGGUGCUGAUGUCUUGAUCUUCAACUCUGGUCACUGGUGGAACUAUGAGAAGACGAUUAAAGUGGGUUGCUAUUUCCAGGAAGGAGAGGAAAUUAAAAUGGACAUGAGUGUUGAAGAUGCAUACAGAAGAUCAAUAGAAACGUUGAUGGGCUGGAUACACAGAGAAGUAAACAUGAACAAGACUCAAGUUUACUUCCGGACAUAUGCUCCUGUACAUUUCAGGGCCGGUGACUGGAGAACAGGCGGUACUUGUCAUCUGGAAAAGCUUCCUGACUUGGCCUCAUCGUCCAAUUCAUCAGAUUACCGUUACAAAGUACCACUCGAUGUUCUAGCAGCCCAUUCCAAUGAAUCAGUAGCGACGAAACUGAGCAUCUUGAAUGUUACUCCAUCAGCAGCAAAGAGGAAGGACGGGCAUGCAUCUCUGUAUUAUCUAGAGCCAGGGGCAGGCCCUGCUGCCAUCAACCGUCAGGAUUGCAGCCACUGGUGCCUCCCUGGUGUUCCUGAUUCUUGGAACGAGCUCCUUUACGCGCUUGUGCUCAAACGAGAGGCUGCUCGCCAAAUGGGCCCUUCAGAAUUUUCCCAAGCUCCAAUCUGAUUGGCAAAUUUUUGCGCAGCUGGUUAGCCUUCUGUUCAUCAUUCUUUUGAGGCUCUGUUGUGCGGUUAAAGCAAUCGUUAACCGGGGAGCGGCUUUUUCAGUAGGUGAAUCUGAUGGGACUGUUCAUACAGAUGGUUAGGCACAUUAUUUAACAAGAAGGGCAGAUGAUAUAGGUUGUAGAUAACAAUAGUUGAAUAUAGAAGCAUCCUUUUGUGUUUGUUUGCCUGGAGAUCAGAUUCAUUUUAAUUUAUAGAAAACUUGUGCAUCUGCGGAGGAACUGUACGAGAGUUGAGGACUGGUUUAGAAUAGGGGUACAUGGUGCCUGUAUAUUUUUGGGGUGUAACUUUUAUUGCACUUCAUGGCCAAUUAUGCAAGUUUGC